CGGCCCUGGAUUCCACUUCCCCUCCGCUCACGCUGCAGCCGCAGCCGCCUUCAGGCCCCGCGCCGCCUCCGGAGUCCAUGGCCGGGACGCGCUGGGUGCUCGGGGCGCUGCUCCGGGGCUGCGGCUGCAAUUGCAGCAGCUGCCGGCGCACCGGCGCCGCCUGCCUGCCCUUCUACUCGGCCGCCGGCUCAUUCCCCUCGGGAGUCUCGGGCCGUCGCCGCCUGCUGCUGCUGCUCGGGGCCGCCGCGGCCGCCGCCUCUCACACGCGGGGCCUCCAGACUGGGCCUGUGCCGGCCGGGAGGCUGGCGGGGCCUCCCCCAGCGGCCGCCUCAGCCGCCGCCGCGGCCGCCGCCUCCUACCCGGCCCUGCGCGCCCCUCUGCUGCCGCAGUCGCUGGCGGCGGCGGCGGCGGCGGCGGGCCCGGCGCGCGGUUACAGCCAGGAGUCCAAAACUACCUACCUGGAAGACCUUCCACCUCUGCCUGAAUAUGAAUUGCCUCCGUCCAAGUUAGGAGAGGAAGUGGAUGAUGUUUAUCUCAUUCGAGCUCAAGGAUUACCGUGGUCGUGCACUGUAGAAGAUGUGCUUAGCUUUUUCUCAGACUGCAGAAUUCGCAAUGGUGAGAAUGGAAUCCACUUCCUCUUAAAUAGAGAUGGGAAACGAAGGGGUGAUGCCUUAAUUGAAAUGGAGUCAGAGCAGGAUGUGCAAAAAGCCUUAGAAAAACACCGCAUGUACAUGGGGCAGCGGUAUGUGGAAGUAUAUGAGAUAAACAAUGAAGAUGUGGAUGCCUUAAUGAAGAGCCUGCAUGUCAAAUCUACACCUGUGGUAAAUGAUGGCGUGGUUCGUUUGAGAGGACUUCCUUAUAGUUGCAGUGAGAAAGACAUUAUAGACUUCUUUGCAGGACUGAACAUAGUAGACAUUACUUUUGUCAUGGAUUAUAGAGGGAGAAGAAAAACAGGAGAAGCCUAUGUGCAGUUUGAAGAACCAGAAAUGGCCAACCAAGCCCUUUUGAAACACAGGGAAGAAAUUGGCAACCGAUAUAUAGAGAUAUUUCCAAGCAGAAGGAAUGAAGUUCGAACACAUGUUGGUUCUCACAAGGGAAAGAAAAUGGCAUCUUCUCCCACUGCUAAGUAUAUAACUGAGCCAGAAAUGGUCUUUGAAGAACAUGAAGUAAGUGAGGAUAUCCGACCCAUGACGGCUUUUGAAAGUGAGAAGGAAAUAGAAUUGCCUAAGGAGAUGUCAGAAAAGAUUCCAGAGGCUGUUGAUUUUGGAACUACAUCUUCACUACAUUUUGUCCACAUGAGAGGAUUGCCUUUCCAAGCCAAUGCCCAAGACAUUAUAAAUUUUUUUGCUCCACUGAAGCCUGUAAGAAUCACCAUGGAAUACAGUUCCAGUGGGAAGGCCACUGGAGAAGCUGAUGUGCACUUCGAUACCCAUGAGGACGCUGUUGCAGCUAUGCUCAAGGAUCGGUCCCACGUUCACCAUAGAUAUAUUGAAUUGUUCCUGAAUUCAUGUCCGAAAGGAAAAUAAGACUUCCAGGGAUUCCAGAAAAUAAGGAUGAAGCAAGAAGCAUUUCAUUUGCACAUCUUUCUUGGACAUGAGAUCUAAAGUUCCAGUUUUUUAGCAGCAACUGCUAGAGAAAUCAUUUGGGGGUUUUGGGUUAAUUGCUUAUAAGAAAAAUUCCAUAGUGGACUGUUUAGAAAGAAAAAGGAAAGAUUCAGUUUAGGAUUAUGAAAUAAACCACAGAUUUACUUUUUUGUUUAAACUGUCCAGGAUCUGAUUAAAAAAUCUGGUCUUUAUUUUAUAUGAUUAAACACUUUUCAUAGAUGACUUGUGACCCAGUGUAAAGACUACAUAUUUUUAUUCAGCACUGUCCUUUAAAAUCUUUCUCCCAUUUUAAAAAUGAUCUGUUUGAGGUUUUGCUUUUUGCCUGUGAAUUAAGAACUCUGAUGUGAAACUUUUCAUGGAAUGAAAUACUGAUUAUUUUAACCAAAUACUCACCAAAGCAAGGAAAGGUUUCAGACCUUUGAACCAUUAUGGUUUGGCAGAGUUAUUUUAAUUUUAGGUGUAUUUGGUUACUUAGGUAGAUAGGGGUAGGAAUUUUAAAAAAACAAUCAAAACAAAAAAUACCACAGGUUAGUGAGUGUAAAUGACAAUAAUUUGGCAGUUUUAUGUCUUUAGAAAUGUUUUGCCUUUCUAAGCCUUGUGCUACAGGCAUUUAACAUUGGUGCCUGUAUAGUUAAGGAGGCAAUUAUAUAGUCUUAAUGUAAAAGUUGUCUGACCCCUGUCCCCCCACCUGUUUUUGAUUUUGGGGUAGACCUUAAGGUGUGUGUUAGUCUCAAUACUAUGAAGUGACAUGUCAUAACAGUCCUGACUGGUAAGGACAUUAAUGGCUUCACUUGAAUUUAAACCAGCUCUAGAUAGGAAAAAAAUCUGAGUCUCCUUAUUUGCUUUUUCAGUGCGGUAGCACAUCCCAUAUUUUAGAACAAGUAGGGGUGCCUUGCUUAACUAAAAAUAGCAUUUAACGUAUAAUCGUGUGAAAGGAUUAUGGAUAAAGCUGUAUUUCUGUCACAUUGUGGCAGUACUUUCUGCUUUAAUAUUAAACAGCUUGUUAUUUAAAUAUUGGAUCGAAAUGGCUGGCUUCAAAAUGUAGUCAUUAAUAAACUAACUUUAUGUGUACCUGUGUAGGAGAAUCAAA